UUUUUAAUAGCAUUGAACACAGCAUCCAGCAGCUGCAAGCGGAGCAAUAACCUGUCUUGGACCUUCGCAGCAGUGUAAACUAGCCGUGCAGGCGCUAAUUCUAGAGACGUACCUAUAAGCAAAACAGCAGGAAGACAGACGACAUCGGUAGGCUUGAAAACCCAGGUACCACCGCAGGGGAAUGCCUCCCCGCAAUGCUGCGCAAGCCGCGGCGCCUGCCGCUGCUAUGGCUAUGGAACGGCCACGUCGCGGGAAAGCCAACUACGCCGCGCCCACCAAAUUAAAGGAGGCGUCCAGCAGCAGCAGCGAUAGCGACAGCGACAGCGAGGUCGAGGUAAUAGAGGACAAGCAGGCCAGGUGCGCUCGGCCACCUGCAGCGGGAAAGGCCGCGGCCGCCCCGGCGACGCGGGGGCGUGGCCGUGGAGCUGCAGCAGCGAGCACACGUGGGCGAGGGGCUGCGGCUGGUGGGCGCGGCAGAGGCCAGCAAGUUGCGCCACAGGAGGCUGAGGACGUGGAAGCGUCGGAGUGCGAGGAGGAUAACGAGGGCGAGGACGAGAGCAACGAGCAGGAGGAGGAGGAGGAGGGUGAGGAGGAGGAGGAGGAGGCGGAGGAGGAGGAGGAGGAGCCCAAGGACAAGGCGGUUGCUGCGCAGCGCGAACGGAGAGCCGCGGCGGCGACGGCCGCCAUGGCCGCACGCGGCCGCGGCAGUGGCCGAGGCGCCGCGGCUGCCGCGUCGCGGCCCACUCGCGGGCGCAGGGGCGCGGCAGCCGCGGCUAACAACAGCUCUGAUGACAGCUCUGACGAUGAGGAUGGCGGUGAGGACUCGGAAGAGGAGGAGGAGGGCUCUAGCUCGGGAGAGGAAGAGGAACAGGAGCAGGCAGCUGCGCCGGCCGCCGCACGGCGGGGCCGUGGCCGCGGCGCCGCAGGCGCCGCUGCCGCUGCCGGCGCCGCCGCAGGCGGCGGUGGCCGGAAAAGGGCUGCGCCUCUUGUAGCGCCGACGGCGGCGGAGAGUCGUAAGCGGCUGUUUGACCUGUUGGAGAGGCGCAUUGGCGGCGCCACGGCGGGCGGCGGGCACGGCGCGGGUUGCGGCGAGGGCGGCUCGGGCGGCGGCGCGGCGCGGCUGCAGUAUGUGGACGUGCCUGCCAAGAACCCCGCCAAGAAGGCCAAGCUCUUGGAGGACCUCAAGAAGCAGUUCGAUGAGUGGCACAGCCGCAUGCGCUCCAACUUCUCGGUGCUGCUGUACGGCUUCGGCUCAAAGCGCGCACUGCUGGACGACUUCGCAAGGCGGCUAGCGGGGCCGCUCAACAGGGGUGACGCGGCAGUGCUGGUCUACUACGGCUACAACCCCCGCUGCACCGCUAAGGACGUCGUCACCGGCGUCGCCUCGGCCCUGCUGCAACGCAGCUUCCGACACCUCACCUCAGGGGCCGGCGCAGCCGCCGCCGCCGCCGCCGCCUCAAGCGCCGCCGCAGGCGCGGCGGGCGCCGCCGCGCCUGCGCCCGCGGGGGGUGGCGGCGGUGUACUGGGUGCGCUGCGUGGUCUGGUGGAGGAGGUCCGGCGGGAGGCGGCGGACCGACACGUGUUCGUGGUGAUCCACAACCUGGACGGCCCCGGCCUUCGCGGGGACGUGUCGCUGCUGAGCGCGCUGGCGUCGUGCCCGCAGGUGCACCUGGUGGCCAGUGUGGACCACGCCAUGUCGCCGCUGUUGUGGGACUCGGCGGACGCGGCGCGCUUCAGGUGGCAGUACAUCAACGCCACCACCUUCCAGCCCUACAUCGCCGAGACCGCCGGGGCGCAGUCGGUACUCAUGGGCGCCUUCAAGUCGGGUGUGGUGACGGCGGGUGCGGGCACUGUGCUGCGCAGCCUGGUGCUGGGGGCGCAGGAGGUGUUCAAGGUGUUGGCCGAGUACCUGCUGGAGGACGACCAGUGCGAGGGAGUGGCCUUCGCACACCUGUACCGCAUGUGCCGCGAGCGCUUCCUGGUGCGGGACGAGCGCGUGCUGCGUCAGCACCUGGUGGAGUUCGUGGACCACCAGCUGGUGCGCUACAGGUCCGCCACCGACAACAGCGGCGAGCUGCUGUCCAUCCCCAUGGAGCGCCCCGACCUGCAGGCGGUGCUGGACGACCUGGCGGCGGCGCGCGCCGAGUAGUAGCGGCGGAGAGUGGUCGCCUGGUCGGGUGGGGUGGCAGGCGGCGGCCUUGAUCUGAGCGAUGCCGUUGGCGGCUGCGGGCGGCGCUGCGGCUGCGGCUGGGCAAGCUGGGGAAACAUGCCCGCUGGGUGGUCGCGGGAAGAACGACACCGGGUUAGCUGGUGUAUCUGAGCGUGAGGGGUAACAAAGGAAAGCAGGAGGCAUGAACGGCACGCGGCAGGAUGCGCGGCGCAGUCGUGCGUGACGUCUGUAGCAGCCGUCGCAGCAGGGCUUGCAGAGGUGUGACUGAGUGGAGGUGUGUGUGUGUGUGUGUGUGUGUGUGUGUGUGAAUAUUGCAUGUGGCGUGAGUGCUGAUGCCUUGUGAGCGGGACAGGAAGGGCGCUGCUUGCCGUCACGCGACCCGCCCCUUGCACUGGCUGGAUGUUGCGCACUUGCGCUCCACUGAUGCUGGAUGGAAUGGCAUGGAAA